CAUACAAUACUUUCCCAUAUAUUCAAUGCUCAUACUUUAAUGGGAACUCCCCGCUCUCUUGCAAUUAGAUUUGGGCGGCAACCAAUUUUUAAGACAAGAAACAUAAUAAGGGCGCAAAAUUAGAAAUUUGUUGUUUGAUCAUAAAUAAAUGGCGGCGGGUUCUCCACAUUCAGAAUCUCCAAUGCGCCACGAUGCAGCGGAGCAUUCGCCAUCGCCAUCGCCAUUGCCAUCGCCGGUGUUGGGGCAUGGACACAAUCCAACGCAUAUGGUGAUGGAUGAUCUGUUGGGAUUGCUUCGGAUUCGUAUCAAGCGAGGCCUUAAUCUCGCUGUGCGCGACGUCCGAAGCAGCGAUCCCUACGUUGUUGUCAGGAUUGGCAACCAGAGGAUGAAGACCCGAGUUAUCAGAAAGGAUGUAAAUCCAGAAUGGAAUGAGGACUUGACACUUUCUGUUACGGAUGCCGAGCAGCCAGUUUUACUUGAGGUAUACGACCACGACACGUUCAGCAUGGACGACUCCAUGGGAGACGCGGAGUUUGACAUACGGCCGUUCGUGGAGGUCUUGAAGAUGCACCCAACGGAGCUUCCAAAUGGGAAGAGAAUCAAGACGAUACAGCCCUGCCGGAGCAACUGCUUGGUGGAAGAGAGCAGUGUUGUUUGGAGGGAUGGCAAGAUUAUGCAGGACAUGUGCCUGAGACUCAAAAAUGUUGAAUGUGGUGAGCUCCAAGUUCAGCUCCAAUGGAUUGAUCUUCCUGGCUCUAAAGCUUUCUAGCCAUCGUCAUCGCUGCUCAAACUACGUUCACGUCUGAUUUUUUGUAUCUCACCUUUGUUUCAUUGUUGUUGUUGCAAGUGUAAGUAAAUAUAUUCAAACAUGU